AUGACACAAACAAAGAACAAUAUUCUCAUCACUGGAGGUGGAGGCUUCAUCGGCCAAGAGCUGAUCGUCUCCCUCCUGAAAGAGAUGCCCAACGCCAACUUUACUCUGACCGAUAUCAUCAACCCAUCCAUUCCAAAAGGCGCAGAGUCUCAAGUCACUUCCCUCAAAGCAGACUUGACAGACCCUUCAUCUGUAAAGUCAUUAUUGUCCAGCAGCUUCAGUCACAUCUAUAUCCUCCAUGGCUUAAUGUCAGGUGGCGCCGAAGCAAAUCUAGACCUGGGUCUCAAGAUUAAUGUAGAUUCUGUCCGGACAAUUCUUGACGUUUUGAGGUCCGAGCAUCCUGGCACCAAGGUCAUAUUUGCUAGCUCCUGCGCUAUCUAUGGAAAGACAGACCUAGUCACAGAGUUUGGAACCUUGCCGCAGCCCAAGAGCUCGUAUGGUAUCCAGAAGUUGAUGGUUGAACUUCUGAUCAAUGACUACUCCCGCCGAGGUCUUAUCGACGGCCGGAUCGUCAGGUUGCCCACCGUUAUCGUCCGCCCAGGUGCACCCUCAGCCGCUGCAUCCAGUUUUGCGUCAGGCAUAGUCCGAGAAUCACUAGCAGGCGUGAAGAACAUUCUUCCUGUCAGCCGCGAUCUCGAACUUUGGGUCUGCAGCCCGGCAACAGUGAUCAAGAACCUGAUCAAGGUGAAGGAUGUUCCCGCGGAGCAGUUUGGAUCAUCAAGAAUUGUCAACUUUCCCGGUAUCACCGUCACUGUGCAGGAGAUUCUUGAUGCUUUGAAAGAUGUUGGUGGGGAAGAGUCACUGGCUCAAAUUGAGGAAAAGAAUGAUCCCGCCAUCGAGGCGAUUGUGGCUAGUUGGCCAGCGAGAUUUGACGUUUCUAGGGCAUAUGGGCUUGGACUGGAUGCCGACGGGACUGUUUUAGAUGCUGUGAAAGCAUUCAAAGCAAAGAUAACCAAUGUUUAG